CUCGCAUGUGUCUCUUAAUGAAUUGGCAGCUAAGUUUUUCGUUGAGCCGACGAUUUCAAAUGCAAUUGUGAACUGCACGUGCGUCUAUCGUCAAUCGAUAAUCUCAUCUGAGCGACAGGUGGCAACGCUCAAAUGCUGGACGAGUACCGUUUGUUCAUUUAUGAGCUUGCAUUUGUAUGCAUGCAUCAAGAUGCUUGUGUGUGUAUUCGCCGCUUGAAAGCGCGGGAAACUUUUAUAUAGCCUUCCAGCUUGUAGUGCAUUGCUGCUAUAAAUAGAGGUGCACAACGCGCAUUCGCAAAGUUCUAUCAAACUGACGAAAGACGUUUCAAUCCAAUUGGAUUCUGUAUUUUGUGUAACUGUUUUGCAAACUUGUAUUCAAAAUGUCGGCCAUUCGCAGCGUCAACGAUUUCUACAAACGCAUCGAGGCGGCAGAAAACAAAGUUGUCCUGCUGGACUUCUAUGCCACCUGGUGCGGUCCCUGCAAAGAAAUGGACCCAAUGGUCAAAUCCCUGGCACGCCAAUACGCCAGCAAGGCGAUCGUUAUCAAAGUCAACGUCGACAAAUUUGAGGAGCUGGUGGAAAAGUACAAGGUGCGCAGCAUGCCAACAUUUGUAUUCCUCAAGAGCAACCGCAGCUUGGGCAAAAUCGUUGGCGCCGACGAGCACAAACUGACCCGCAUGAUGGCCAAAGUAUGCAAAUGAGCGCGAAUUGAAGGCGGCGCGGCGCAGGCGU